AUGCCCGACCUUACUCGAUUGUCAGAGAAUUCUGGCAACAGCGAGCGCGAAACGAUAUUGCGUUCCAUCAUUGGGGUGGCCGCAGAAAUCAAACGUACAACCGCCCCACCAGCUUCCGAUCCUCUUACCUGCUCUCCCACCACUCGACUAUCCACAGAUAAACCCCCGAUCCUACAUACCAACCUUGAGCUCCCGACGCCUCAAAGUAUCUUAUGCGAACUCUCCUACUUUAACCCCCCUGCGGGUGUAUCACAACGCCUAGAUGAUCUCUUUCUUCGGAAGGCUCGCGAGUUACAAUUCCAAACCCAAGCCAGUAUGCGACAGACUCUGAUGAAGGUCCAUCUCAGCAGCGGACUAUCCGAGGAAUUGUCCUUUACAAUAUUUCACACAUUCCGGUCCACAUACUUCCAGAAACAAUCGGACUGGAAGAAGAUGAUUCUCGCAUCUUUGAAGUCAUCUCAUAAAUGCAGUGUUGGUGUUGAUAGUACUCAUAUCACUAAAGAAUCGAAGAAGUUGGAUGAUUUUUCCUCAACGAGAAAUGCUAGAGUGAGGCACAAGUUUAACCAAGAGUAUGUGCCCAUGCUCGAACUCUUUUUCCGCCAAAAUCCAUUUCCUUCUCAUGCUGACAAGGCAUUUCUUGCCAAGAAAUCUGGUAUGACAUACCGUCAGAUGCAUGUUUGGUUUCAAAACAGGCGGAGUCGCACUAAGAAGGAAGGCCUAGAGGUAAAGCGAAGGCCAGAAUCGCCCGUUUCUCGUGUUUAUUUGGAUGAAUUAUGCGAGCGGAUGAGGGAACGAAUCAUUCCUGAAUGUGAGAGAAUGUCAACUCCAGAUUCUGAUACAACAGACUCUGAGGUGGAGCAUGAGGCGCGCGAUGCUAAUCGUCCUCGAAAUCGCUAUCUGAGCGAUGUGUUAGAUGUGUGCGCACCACCGCAUGCUUUUCCUUCUGCUUACCCUCCUUCCUGUGAUUACAACCCCUUCCCGGCUCAGGGUGUGCCCUACCAGUUCUCUAUACCCCAGUGGAGACGUCGCCCUACCCAAAAACUACUUCGUCCGCCACAAACAAUCGACUUUGAUGAAAUUAUAGAAAUGUUUUCUCGUAUGAAUAUGAAAUGUGGCGCCGAAAAAGCUAGGAAGCAUAGAGCACACGAGCUUCUUCGGCUAGGGGGUGGAACUACCGACCUACAUAUACAUCGUCAACCUACUGCCAAGCGCUUAGCAGCUACCUCGUCCAUCACCGUCAAGCCACCACCAGCCCCCCUUCCUUCACUCAUUCGGUCAACGAAGUCUUACUUACCGGUUCUUUUACCUUCCCUAAUUUCCGUCCCUGCGCCCAAUUCUCGAUUGCAUGUUUUUAAUACUCCCAGCCCUCAGUCGAGACCCACGACGCUUGUGCCUGUUCCUGGAACAGAAACAACGACAAGAAAAGUUACCAGUGCUCGAAAAAUCGCACCAUUGCCAAAACGCAUUCCAAAGGGCACGAGCAUCGCACAUCGUGGUAUCACUCCGGCUAUGUCAGAGUCCUCCGUUAUUCCUUCGCUAUCGUUGACGUCUCCUUCCCGAACAUCCUCAUAUGGCUCUUCGGAAACCCGACUGUUCUCAGAGAGUAGUUCAUCGUCAUCUUCUCCCCGCGUUAGAACACCCGCCACUUCAUCCAACUCGCUCCCCAGGAUCGUCACUCCGACUCUCUCGAUGCCUGGAUUAUCUCCCUAUCAACAAUCAUCCUCUAUGAGCGACCUUUUCGCUGACUCUCCAGUUGGUACGCCUUCGCAGGCUGAAAGCCUACAGCUCGACAUGAACUUCUUUGGAGAUCCCCACGUCGCGAAAGCAUCUGACUUCAACUUCUUUGGUAUCCCACCUUCUACGAACCUCGUACAUGCGCAAUCGUGAUGUGAUAUGUAGCUCGCAUUGUUUGAUAUCAAGCACUCCACACCACGAUCCAACUAAGAGGCGUGGUGACUGUCAUCUUUGAUCGGGUACGCCAGGCCUUACUGUCACAAACGACCACUGCUGUACGGAUCUCAGCAGCGACAAGUGGUUGACGUGCUACUCCUGCCAUCAGAAUUCUAUGGGAAUUUUAGAAGGAUGGCAGGACGCUAGUCGUGCAUAUCAUGACUUGCAAUACAGUAUGUGUUCUAGUCCAUAUUCGUUCUUCUAUUCGUUCUUGAACUUAUCUUAAUAUAUCUCUGUCUACAUGCCUCUUGGUUGUUUUUAUUGCCUUCGUUAAUGUUUUCAUGUUUUAUAUCAGUUUUCUAACAUCCGUAUCUUAUGGUCAUAUGGGUUUUAUUGCUGUCUGUUGUCGUCAUCUUGUACUUGCUUUCUGUACUCACUGUAUUAAACCAUCAUCGUGUAGCACUAGCACUCACAGCUAUAGCAUAAUGGAGAUGCUAUCCAU